AAGCAGAUAACCUACAAAAAGAGACAUGAAUAAAUUCAGUUAGGUACUCUUUUGCUUAGAAAUCAUUCUGAUAAUCCAUCAUUCCAUAGAAACUGUAAAAUGAUGUACUUUUGCGGAAAAGAGCUAAUUAUACUUUUCAUUUUACUUCAACUAAAAGCGCAAGUAAUAUGUUCAGAAAACGACGUAACAAAACAUUUAAACGAGUCGAUUUCAAAUAUAUUCGCAAUUAACGCCCAAGAUGCAAUCGAAUUAAUCUCCACAGUGAGAAAUCAUAAAAUGAAGGAGUUCGAAUACAAUGUCAGCAAGAAUGUGAACCCAUUCCAAACAAAGUUUUUCUUUCAGAACAUUUGCAUAUGGAGAUUUGAAGGCACAUCGUCUGAAGAAGAUAUACCACCUCCACAACUACAUUGGGAAUUUAUUGAAAAAAAAAUGAGUCUACUAUACGAAGAUCUCCGCAUCUCAUUACAAGGGAUGAUUGGCGCAGUCAAAGGUGAGAAUAUAUCCAAGAUCAGAAUACGUCCUGGUUUUAAAAAUUUCACGUUAACUGCUGUUGGAUCUUACAUCGACCAUAACAACUUGAAAUUCUCGCACAAUAUCACAUACAACGGUCUCAGAUGUUGGAUGCUGGCUACGCCGACUGUAUAUUGGUUCACUAAAAUUUCAUCAUCACGUGAUGAUCUCGAACAAUUGGACCAACAAAUUAUACCCGCUUCCUUAGCAAUGAUACACAGAAAUAUACAAGAUAAUAGAUAUUUUUCUGAUAAGUUGAAGGAAAUUUUCCAAACGUACGAGAAGCCCAGAAAGGAAAUCAUUUCUAAACAUCCGGAUUUCUUGACUAACCCGCAACGAUAUUAUUACCUCAUACCCGAAUAUACUUUUUUCCGUUUUAUUCUAAAAGACAUCGUCAUUAGAGGACUGUCAAAUUUCAAAUCAUUCAAAUGUAUUCGCAGUUCAUCUGGAAUUUUCACACAUACUUUACACGUGAGAGAUGUUCGAGGAAAUAUGACUUUGGAUUAUAGAUCUAAGAACGCGACGAACUUGGAGUUGGAUUUCCAAAUAGAUUAUCUCUUUGUAUCUAAAAAAGAAGACAGCAGUUGUGUUUUUGUACAAGCAAAAUAUUACACCGUAGUUUCAACAAAAACGAAUGUUUCUUUGAGUACUCGUCCAUCACUAGUGAUUAUGAAUGGACUGGAAUCCGCCAUCGCUUCUUCUUUAUUGCCCUCGAUGAAGAUUGGAAAAACUUGUGACCUAGGAACCUCACUGGAAGAAAUUGAAAUUUCCAACGUAUUGUACUCGAUUGAUAAACAAUAAAUGAAUCGUAUACCUAU